AUCGGAAUCUAGACCAGCGCCAUGUUCGAAAUGAAGACCGGUGAAGAGUCUUGCCAGGACCAUGACAGCCGCCGUAGGCCACCGCAUGCUGCUUAUGAGAAUAGCAAUAGGAUGGCCUGCGUCCAUCAUCGUGAUGUUGGGCAUACAAGAACGCGUCUCUAGUGGGCACGCGUCCUGAGAUCUCCCAGUUGCAGCAGUCUGGACUGGUAUGAGUCAUUGUCAACCGACUGUGCCUGACUUGCUCAGGUCCCCAACACCUGCUGUGUAAAUUCUCAAGCCGAAGUACGUGUCUUAGUUAUCCGCGGGCUGAGCCGUUCCUGCCGACGGUUCAUCCUAACGGGCGAUCUAGCGCGUCGAGCCAAAACAUCUCAAUCUGGAUGCAUGCAGACAGCGGAUGGAGCGCAAAUGUCAUGGAGCUAUUCUGAAUCCAAUGCUCCAGCAGCAGGCGGUCGUAAAAUGGGCGUGCAUAUGCUCCGCGGCGGGGGGUUUCGGAACCCCCCAGGGUCCAGAAAGCAUGCGAUGCAGCGAUUACGGACGUCGGAGAUUCCACAGGAUGGACAACUGUCAAUCACCGGACGAGAGGACCUGUGGUGCAUCCGGACUAGCUUUGAGACGGUGUCCAAGAGCCCCGACGAGAGGGGAGCCCCGAAUGGCCAGUGGUUGGGUCUCCAUUGUGCAGGGCGCCAUCUCAUAGGCGGUGGCGGGGUCUUUGCCUUCGAUGCGGUGAAGAAAAGGGCCACCGCAGCAGAAGCAUCCUUUCCCCAUCCUGGGAUUUUUCUGACAUCCGAGUUUCUCGCUGAAUUUUUCGGACACGGGCGUUGGCUGCCUGAUGGAUGGACGGGCUUGGAAUCUGCAUGAUGAUGAGUGCAUGCCGAACCACGGUUGGGAGUUUUUUUGUUCUGUUGCUUUUGCAUAGAUCUAGAGGCACGUGCGGUGGUGGAUCGAGGAGGGGAGGCUCUGAGCGAGUCAGUCUACUGUAGUAUACAGAGCAACACCAGGG